AUGUCCCAACUGUCCAGUGAAUUUGAAAUCGACGAUGACCACCAAAGAAUGUUGGACUUAGAUGAAAUUCAACGAAACAACGAUGAAUUCCUCGUGGCGUACCCAUUCAACUUUAUUAAAUGGUCCAGAUUAUGGCAAGGCUCUUCAAGGAUCAUCACUACUGAUUUGGAACAAGGCAUUUAUCCUUUCGGUAAAGGUAAAGGUAAACCUAUUGAAGUCUUUAUCGGUAUGACGAAGAGGAAUAGAUUGGAAAUUCUCAUCCCUUACUCAAUGAUUUCUGAAAGGUUCAAAGACAUAAAGCAAAAUGAUUUUGAAAACAUUCACUUCUAUCACUUUGUUUCUCCUGCACACUUUCAAACUUUAGAAGACUUCCUUGGUUUUGCUAAUAUUCAAGAUAAGAAGAGCGGUAUCUUUAAGAUAAAUAAACGCUAUAAGCGCGAUAGAUCUAAAUAUCGCGUUACUCAUAACGUCGUACUUGAGAAAAAGUACUUUGAAAUGUCUAGGCGUUUCUAUCGGCUUAUUAAAUUGGCAGAUGAUCAACUUAGAGGUAGUGUCAUUGCUAUGGAUUGGAUAACAAAUCCCAACACAAAUAUCAUUCAAGGUCUCAGCAUAUUCGUACUUGAUAAAACUAAAUCGAAUCACUAUCAGGAUUGGGUUACGGUCACUGAUACUUAUACUGAAAACAAGGACGAAGUUGAAAGACGAUAUUUGAAGAGAUACGUACAAGCUAUCCUUGACACCAAGACUUCCGAUCAAGAUGAGUGUCGAAUGAUCAUCGUUAAGAAGUCAAUGCUACCCCAAGACAUGGAUAGGACAAAAGAUGCGCUCAAGCAGUUUCUUCCUGAUAAUAUUUUUGAGGGUAUGCAAAUGGACAUUAGUAGUAGGGUUCAUGAUGAAUUGAAUGUUAUAAGGCGAACAGUUGAACCUUUCAAUAUCUACGGUAUAACGAGUCUCAUACCACUUUAUCACGCCCUAUGCUCUGAUGUCACCGGUGAAGAGCCUAGUUAUAGACGCAUGCUCGAUGCUAUUGGUAUGCCCUUAGACGAUCAAGAGAUGGUUGAUAUUUUGGAGAAUAACGCUGUGCAUUUGCUCAAUCUUGCAGAUUGCUUACUCACAUCUACUUUUAUAGAUUAUCAGAAAAUGAUACAGUUCCCAGAAACCCACAAGGGUACUAGACCCGCAGAGGAGUCAUCCGAUGAAGACAGCGAAGAUCAAGAUGACGAUGAGAAGAUGGAAAAUUAUCUCUAG